AUGAACAGCAUUAUUGGCACAAGUAAUGAUCAUGAUGAGACGUCUACCAUUAAUGCUCGCACUUAUAUCACCAUAAGCCCCAUGGCUCCGAUCAUCAUCCCCCCCUUAGAUAACAAUUGGGGCUGGUUUGAGGCUGCACACCAACGGCGUACAUAUACAAGCAGCUGGCGUACAAGAACCAUCAUUCCUGCACACAUGAUGAGAGAAACUAGCAACGCAACAUCCUACGGAACGGUCGAAAACGAGCGGUUUCUGUUCCUCGAUAUUCCCGGCUGCAGCUUACUGGGUCUCUACGUCCACCGGCAGUCUCGUUCCCUAAUGUGCAGUUUUUCCAAACCGCAGGAAGAAGACCGACAGCGCACUGUGCACAAGACUCUGGAGAUCUCUGCCGAUAUUCGUGGAGACUGUGACUGGGAAUACCUCUAUAUUGGCAGAGAGUCGCAUUUCUACGUGAAAAUAGCCGCUGAUAAUGGGGCCUUUACUUACCUCUACAACUCGCAGACAAACACGUUCACCAAGAUACGCCAGUACCAGUACAACUCGGCCAAGAGAUGGUACCUUGAAUCUCAUAUGCCGUCACCCGAGGAAAAGUACGUGUCUAAAACCAGAGACCUUUCAGCAGGAGAAGAGUACAUGUUUGUUCGGAGAUCCCAACCUGAGCCUUACAAAAGCUACUGUACCACAGAAAAGUCAACUCUGAGGAAGGAUAGGAUGAUCGAGGGGCCUUCUUAUAUCAGUGACAUCUAA